AGCUCACAUCAUGUUGAGCAAGUCUGGAAACCACACGGACAGUACGGACAGCGAUCUACAGUUUGCUCUUACAGUAUCCACAGCAGUCGUAGUUUAUUUUAAGUUAUAUACGUGCAAUACGUGUUGCGAUUAUGAGUGAAUCCACGACCUUCACUGAGGGAGAGUUCUAUGAGGGGCAUUUUGACGCCAGAGCAUAUGCGAGGAAUUUUUAUUCCUGCCCUAGUGGUCACCCUGACGAGAAGAGUUUCCUUACUUUCGUUUUGAGAUGCCUUAGCGGAGUUUUCUCAGCGGGAGAACAUAAAGGCAAGCUGCUGAUCGAUGUGGGCAGUGGACCAUCUAUCCACAGCGUCUUAAGCGCGUGCGACCAUUAUGACGAGAUCGUGCUGUCUGAUUUCGCAAGUAACAAUCGCAGAGAAAUUGAGAAGUGGCUGGAAAACCAAGAAGGAAGUUUAGAUUGGAAACCCGUCCUGCAUUAUGUCUGUAAACUGGAGGGGAAAAGCCCGUCCAAACUGGAGGCUACAGUGAAGCAACGAGUCAAGAAAGUUUUAAAAUGUGAUGUGCGGUUGGAGAAUCCAUUUGAUCCACACACACUGGAACCAGCUGAUUGUGUCAUUACAUCUCUGUGUCUGGAAGCAGCGUGUAAAGACAUCCAAACAUACUGUCGUGCUUUACAUGGGCUGACCAAACUUCUGCGUCCUGGUGGACUUUUGGUCAUGGUAGGUGUUCUGGGUGAGAGCUUCUACAAGGUGGAUGAACAGCUCUUUUCUUGUCUUAGACUGAGUCAGGAUAAAAUUAAAGAAGUGCUCAGUGGUUUAGGCUUCUCAAUCCAUGAGUUUAAUAUACUGCCUGCAGAAGACAGAGAGAACAACACUGUGUCUGACUUUGAAGCUGUUUUUCAGCUUGUAGCAAGAAAACCCUCUGAGUGACAGAGCAAAGAGAGAGAUUUAUAUAAUACAGCAAAACAGUUGUAUUAAAGCUAAAGCACACCAGAAUGAUUCCUUUUUUAUAGCCUACUGCUUUUCUGCUUAUUAAUAAAUCCAUUGUAGAAGAUCUGGCAUUUUAGAUAAGUUUUGAAUGCAUAACUCGUAAAACUUGAUUUAGAAUGUAAGGCUUUUAAAAAAGAUUGAUCAUAAGAAGAAAAUUAUUUUGGUUAAAAUGUUUGCUUUUUAAAAUGUAAAUAUAAUAAAAUGUAAUAAACAUUACUAUGCAAUAUA